AUGUCUUACUACGAGCAGUGCAAGCAGCCCUGCCUGCCCCCUCCCAUUUGCUCGCAGACACGCAUCAAGAGCGUGGAGCCCUGCAAGACCGUGUGCGUGGAGCCCUGCAGCACCGUCUGCGUGAAGCCGUGUCCCACACCGUGCGUGGAGGUCUGCCCAACACCCUGUGCCACCCAGUGCACCACAUCCUGCACCACCCAGUGCGUGGAGCCUUGUGCCACCCAGUGCGUGGAGUCCUGCACCACCCAGUGCGUGGAGCCUUGUGCCACCCAGUGCACCACGUCCUGCACAACCCAGUGCGUGGAGCCUUGUCCCACCCAGUGCGUGGAGUCCUGCGGCACGCAGUGCGUGGAAGUCUGUCCCCCUAAGUGCAUUGACACCUGCGUAAAGCCGUGUCCCACUCAGUGCCCAACCCAGUGCACCACCCAGUGUGUGGAGCCCUGUGUCACCCAGUGUGCCACCAAGUGCGAGGAGCCCUGUAUCACCCAGUGCGCCACCAAGUGCGUUGAAUCCUGCGAGACCGUGUGCCUGGAGCCCUGCUCUCGCCCGUGCUAA